UGCCCCUUAUUUCUUGGGCAACCCCUCUUUUUCCCUCCCUACAUUAAAACAAUAUCCCAAAACCCUCCAAUCUUCAUUCAAACUUCAUCAUCUCAUUUUCCCUUUAAUUAUUUUUUAAUUUUUAGUAUUAUAAUAUUACUAUUUUUCUUAUUUUCUACGUUUUUUAUUUGCUAGCUACUUCCUUUGUCUUUCUCUUCAUCUUUAUCAUUGCAUUACCCAAUUCUUAGCUGGACAAUACCAUACUUUUUCCUAGUAUAAAUACUCCUUCCUUCUUUUCAUUACUCUCAUCAAACUUAAUUAAAUCUUCUCUCUAUUCAAACUUUAGAAAAUAUAUUAUUAUUUCGUAAUAGAUUAAAAUGCCUUAUAGUAAUUCUCAUUUGUUAAUAAUAGCCACUCUUCUAGUAGUUUCUUGCUUCUUGCUUCCUUGCUCGGCUACGGCCCCUCGCAAGCUAGCUCUUGUACAACCUGAGCCUCUUAUACUCGAAUACCACAACGGCCCCCUUCUUAAAGGUAAUUUAUUCGUAAACCUUAUUUGGUAUGGCAAGUUCACCCCUAUCCAACGUUCCAUAAUCAUUGACUUCAUACAAUCACUAUCCACCAGUUCAGCACGUACACUACAACCGUCGGUUUCAUCAUGGUGGCAGACUACCGAGAGGUAUAGGGGAGGACCUUCCACCCUUACCUUAGGGAAACAAUUCUUCGACCAAACUUACUCCCUAGGAAAAACCCUAACCCCGGCUCAAAUCCUCGCUUUAGCCUCUAAACUCCCUCAUAGGAACUCAAUAAACGUUGUUUUAACGUCUUCUGAUGUUACGCCUUAUGAGUUUUGCAUGAGCUCGUGCGGUGCACAUGGGUCAGGUUUAGCGGGAAAACAUAAGAAAAUUAAGUUUGCUUAUGCAUGGGUGGGUAACCCGGAAAAACAAUGUCCGGGUCAGUGCGCAUGGCCCUUUCAUCAGCCCAUAUACGGCCCACAAACCCCGCCACUCGUUGCCCCGAAUAACGACGUUGGGGUUGAUGGUAUGAUCAUGAACUUGGCUACCGUGUUAGCUGGAGCCGUUACAAACCCGUUUGAUAACGGGUAUUUUCAAGGUCCGGCUGAUGGUGGGUUGGAAGCGGUUUCGGCUUGUACGGGUAUAUUUGGGUCGGGUUCAUACCCGGGUUAUCCGGGUAAGCUCCUAAUUGACCGAACUACCGGGGCAAGUUAUAAUGCAUAUGGGGCCCAUGGGCGUAAGUAUUUGGUUCCAGCAAUGUGGGACCCGAAAACUUCGGCUUGUAAAACUCUUGUGUGAGGCGCCUUGCGUAGCACUAGUAUCUUUUUGUAAAACAAAAGGAAGAAAAAAACAAAAAAAAAGUGUGUAAAUAUACGCUUAUUCUUGAAUACAUUUGAAGCAUGUAGAGUUAUAUGUUGUAUCAUCUACUUGUAUGUCUCUAUUUGUAUUACAUUGAUUAUUGUUUAAGUAAAAUUAUGAAAAAACAAAUUUGUCUUUAUCAA